GCUUGUCAGAUAUUACUCUGGCCAACGUCCUUUGGUAAGAUCGCCAAUCGAAGGCCAAUCGAAGGCUCACCUCGCUUCGUUCAUGCUCUGUAUAAAUCAUACUGAUGAUUCCUCCUCUUGGGCGAACAAAUACAUUCUUGCUUACUUGUCCGUUGAUUGUCCAAACUAACCCAAUCAUGUCUUCAGCACACGAUAGUGGUCUCUCUCUCCACGCGGCCAAGAAACUCUCCUUGUUGCCUCCACGCGCAUAUCUGGCUGCCCCAGAGCCUGGCCUUAUCCAUCUCAACCAAGCUGAGAAUUAUGUGAUUCGACCAGAACUCUUGGGAAUUUGUAAGACAGCGAUUGACAAAGAAUCAACCGAAGAGGUAAGGAUUCCAAUGUCACAUUUGGGAGUUUGAUGAUCUGACCGACGAUCCUAAAACGUUCUGCUAUCCUCCCGGGUUUGGUGGUUCAUCUCCCUUGCGUGCCGCAAUAGCUUCUUUCACAAACACGUACUUUCAACCUUCGCUCCCAGUGACGGAAGACCACGUAGUGAUUGGAAGAGGCUCAGGAAAUAAUAGAUACACUACUUUGUGCUAUUUGUGAUCCUGGAGAUGUUGUUUUGAGUCUCGCGCCCGUCUGGAGUGGAUUCCAUCUUUUAGCCUCAAGAUCUUCCGGCUCCACGAUUCUUCAAGUUCCUUCCCCGAUAUUUCAGGAAUCUCUCUCCGUCGAUUGCGUUCAGCGUUUGAUGGCGACGUAUGAUGCGCAUCCGGAGAAAUUACGAAUCAAAGCUUUGUUGAUCGCAAAUCCCCAUAAUCCGUGUGAUAGCGUUCACGCGCCAGAUACUAUUCGCAAACUUAUGAAUUUCUGUCAUGAUAAGGGCCUUCAUUACAUCUCUGAUGAGGUAUCUGCUCUCACGGCAUUUAACACUGAUGCUGAUACACCUUUUACAUCGGCUUUGAGCUUGGUCAAUGAUGGUAAAGGCGGAAUUCAAAAGAGUAGGGUACACGUGGUAUCCAGCGCGAGUAAAGAUCUUGGGAGUCCUGGAAUGAGAAUUGGAUGGUUGAUAUCACAAGCAAACUCGGACCUACUUUACAGCGUAGGCUGGAAAGCUGUAUGGCAAGUUUCGAGCCUGAGUAGUCUAUACAUUACCGCAGUACUCAAGUCCGCCAAGCUUUCGGAUCUGAUAGUAUUAAGCCAUAACGGUUGAGAAGUGUAUAUAAGCUCUUGACAUUCAGGUUGGAAGCAUGGGGUGUAGAAUAUAUACCUGUCAAAGCUGGAGUGGUCAUACAUCUACGUGUUGCUAAGAACGCUCAAUCGUGGGAAGAUGAGGCAGCGGUGUUGGCGAAAAUCAAAGAACAAGGCGUUGUUAUUGGGUCGGGGAGGGCUUAUGGUAUUGGAAUGGGGUGGGGGAGAAUGUUGUUUUCUGUGAAGGAGGAGUUGAUGAUGGAGGUUCUUGGGAAGCUUGAGAAGGUACUAGGAUAAGGAUAGAUUUAUGAUCAAAUCCAUUGGGCAUACUUCUCAUACUCUCCCCUCGCUGCGUGCUAGCUCUAUCUAAUGCAGUACACUGGAGAAUUGACGUCCUUGAAGUAAUAAUGUAGCUCUAGAAGUUUCACUUGAAAUAUGAGCUACUAAUUUUGGAAAGUCACAAUGCUACA